AUGUCUCUGGCAAUUCAGGAAUUUCUGUUGGGAUUGGGGAGGUCGACAGUAAAAUACUACUGGGAAGCAGCUUUCGGGCGUCUAGGGAACUUGGCCAGGAGAUACUCCCUUGCGGACAGCAACUCAUCAAGCGCAAACGCCGCCGCCAUGGCGGACCCCUCGUCGGAAUCGGCGCUGCUUACUCUCCCUCCCGAGAUCCGGGAGCAGAUAUACCAUGCCAUCCUCAAUCCGGAUGCCAACAGGCUCUUUGAGGAGGACGAAUAUACGGACUACGACUACCGCGAUGCCCUGGUCCUCUUCAAGCUGAACCAGCAGAUCUACUACGAGGCGCGCAAGGUGUUCCGCGACCUCAACGUCUUCGUGCGCAUCGAGACCCCGUUCCCCAACGCCCAGGAGUAUGUCGCCUUCGAGGGCCACGUGCCCAUCCUGAUGAAGGGCCAGCGCGCCGAGAGGUUCAAGGGCUGGAGCAUGAGCGCCGAGAUCGGCGCGCCGCAGACCCCCAUCGCCGAGGCGGAGCCGCAUCACAUCGUCAUACUGCUGGACGACCUGGAAAAGUUCACCAGGAUAUGGUUCUACUCGGACCUGUCGAACCCCGGACUGAACCGCUACCUGAGCCUCAAGAUACACCUGCGCGACCCGUACACGCCCGAGUGGGAGGACCAGCGCAUGCCAAAGUGGCUGCAGCGCCAGCUGAUCAUGCCGUUCGGCAUGGUCAAGAACCUGCGGCAGGUCACCAUCACGGGGAACCCGAAACCCCUGGCCUCCAUCGAGGCCGAGAUGCGCGCCGAGCAAGGGAAGCCCUACCCGACACCGGAAGAGUGCCUGGCCGAGACGACUCGGCUCAAGGACGAAGGAAACAAGGAGCUCAAACUGGGCAACUACCGAGCAGCGCUGGGCCUUUACACACAGGCCUGGGCGGCAAUGUUCAUCGUCCUCAAGGGCAGGCAGAGACACGUCCAUGGCGAGGCGUACUUUGCCGUCCAGCUCCGCGACGAGCCCUUCAAGGACAAGUCGGGCCAGCUGGAGCGCCUCGCGCUCCGGAUCCAGCUCGUGGCCAACACCUGCCUGGCUUAUCUGAAGCUGGAAGAGUACGACGAGGUCAUAUUCUGGGGCAUGCGAACCAUCCACAUGUUCCGACAGAUGUCGGGCGCAGACGAGCAAAAUGUGACGCCGGAGCGCGAGGCGCUACCUGCCAGUUUCCCGGCGAGAGCUCAUGUGGGCAGGAUAUAUUACAGGACCGGCAUGGCGUACAAGGCCUGCAAGGAUAGAGAGAUGGCGAAGGAGUUGCUGAAGGUUGCGCAGGCCUACAUGCCACAUGACCAGAUCAUACAGACGGAACUCGCAGCUUUUACAUUGCAGCUUGGAUGA